AGUGUUUUGCCUACAAAGAAGAAAAUGUGUUUGGAGGAACAGCCAGAAAUCUUUCUCUUCUCUGGAAGAACUUGUAUAAGCUAAGGAAUGCUAGCUAGCAUCAUGGGUUUCUUUAGUCACUUAACCUAUUUUCUGGCUGCUGGUGCUGUUAGUCUGGGAAUUGGAUUCUUUGCUUUGGCAUCUGCUUUGUGGUUCCUGAUUUGUAAGCGAAGAGAAAUAUUUGGGAAUUCCAAAUUUAAGACAAUUGGUGAAAAACAAGGACCACGCAAACCAAAACUUAAACCUCACCCUCAGUGUGUUUUCAUUUCCCGGAACUUCCAUGUUGGCCAGUCACGAUCACAGAUGGAGAAGAGAGAAAGGGAAGAAGCACACAUAAAAGCUCUCAGAAGUCACUCUAAAGUUGAAUUCUGCCUCCUGGAUCCCACCAGCCAUGAGUCCCCUGAGGUGACCUCAGUAGCAAAUGGCAGCAGUGUGACGACACUGAGCUUAUCAACAUCAAUUUCUAGUUCUUUGUGCAACCAAAGCAUAGAAGUAGCUGAAGACUGGUAUUCUGAUGAUUAUUUAGAAACCAAGAAAACCUCAAAGAAUCCUUUACUCAGGGAGCCUCUAGCCGAGAAGGUGCUUGCAUACCUAUCAUCAAUUUCAUUAGAAGAAUGGCCUGGAAACACAGUGAACUCGACAGUGUGUAGUGGGGGAAAAGCUGACAGCAUUAAGGAAAUGUUUGUACAAAAAAACAUAGAGGUUGGCAGACACAACCUUCAAUUUGAUAUUGAAUGACUUUUUUUUUUGAAAUCUGGUAUAGAGUGGUAAAGUUAAAACUGAAUUAUGAACUUCUGAGUCUCUUAUCAUGUCCAUACUAAUA